CUUCCCCAGCAGCCAGCAGCCAGGCACUGUGAUGUGGGACCUGCCUUUCCUGCCCUUCAGUGCCCUCCUGGCUCUCCUGGGCGUUGUGUGUGUGGCCUUUGUCAGUGCCUGGUGCCAGUACUGGCGUGGAGGCUUCGCUCUGGAUGGCAGCGCCCGGACCUUCAACUGGCACCCGGUGCUGAUGGUGACAGGCAUGGUGGUGCUGUAUGGUGCAGCAGCCCUGGUGUACCGCCUGCCCCCUGCCUGGACCGGCCCCAAGCUGCCCUGGAAGCUGCUCCACGCUGGGCUGGCCCUGGCUGCCUUCACCUUGGCCGUGCUGGGGCUGGCAGCUGUCUUCCGCUUCCACAACCAGCAAGGGACCCCCAACAUGUACUCCCUGCACAGCUGGCUGGGGCUGGCCACUGUUCUCCUCUUCUCCUGCCAGUGGCUGGCCGGCCUCGCUGCCUUCCUGCUGCCCUGGGCUCCUGCCUGGCUGCGUGCCCUCUACAAACCCCUCCACGUCUUCUUUGGCUCCACCAUCCUCAUGCUGUCCCUGGCCUCCUGUCUGUCAGGCAUCAAUGAGAAGCUUUUCUUCAGCCUGAAGAAUGGGACAGCUGCAUACAAGCUCCUGCCCCCUGAGGCUGUCUUUGCCAACAGCCUGGGGCUGCUGCUCCUCCUCUUCGGGGUGCUGGUGCUGGGUGCCCUGGCCAGGCCCAGCUGGAAGCGCCCCGACGCCGACUGCCCGGACGCUCAACAGCCGCUGCUCGCCGCCGAGCGCUGA